UUCGUAUCCUACCACUCCCUCCUCUCUCUUUUCCCCUUCUCUACUCUUUUCUCUUUCUUAAGAGUCUUUGGUGGUUUAUCAGAAGUUAUAACUGAUAAAUCACUCCCUGCAUUUGGCAUUGCCAUUGCCAUUUUAUCUUCUCGUGGCAAGAAAAGAUCCCCGUUUUGUAAUUACUGCAAAAAGAGAUCCGUUCCUCUUUGUGUUUUUGUUUAUACAUCGACCAAGCUGUUAACAUGGAGAAGUUUGUGAGGCUCAUUUCAAUGGCUCCUUUCUUUCUGCUCCUUUGCUUGCCCUUUGCUCUUGCUGGUCAUGACUAUGGUCAAGCUUUAAGUAAGAGUAUUCUCUUCUUUGAAGCCCAAAGAUCUGGUUACCUUCCCCAUAACCAGAGAGUCACUUGGAGAUCUAACUCUGGUUUGAAUGACGGCAAGGCUAGUGGGGUGGAUCUGGUAGGAGGGUACUACGAUGCAGGGGACAAUGUGAAAUUUGGUUUGCCAAUGGCGUUCACAAUCACAAUGAUGUCAUGGAGCAUAAUUGAAUAUGGGAAGCAAUUGGGUUCGAGUGGUGAGCUUGGCCAUGCCAUGAAUGCUGUUAAGUGGGGAACUGACUACCUUAUUAAAGCUCACCCUCAGCCCGAUGUUCUAUAUGGAGAGGUUGGCGAUGGCAACACUGACCACCACUGUUGGCAAAGACCAGAGGAUAUGACCACUGACCGUAGGGCUUACAAGAUUGACCCAAGUAAUCCCGGGUCGGAUCUCGCUGGAGAAACAGCAGCCGCAAUGGCCGCCGCUUCCAUCGUUUUCCGCCGCUCUAACCCUUCCUAUGCCAAUGAGCUCCUCACUCAUGCACGCCAGCUAUUUGAUUUUGCAGACAGGUACAGAGGUAAAUAUGACAGCAGCAUUACAGUGGCCCAAAAAUAUUACCGCUCUGUCAGUGGCUACAAUGAUGAGUUGCUAUGGGCAGCUGCAUGGAUGUACCAAGCAACAAACAAUCAGUAUUACUUGAACUACCUUGGAAACAAUGGUGACUCUAUGGGAGGAACUGGGUGGGGUAUGACUGAAUUUGGUUGGGAUGUUAAGUAUGCUGGGGUCCAAACCCUUGUUGCCAAGUUCUUGAUGCAAGGCAAAGCUGGCCACCAUGCACCAGUCUUUGAGAAGUACCAACAGAAGGCUGAGUACUUCAUGUGCUCAUGCCUUGGAAAGGGUAGUCGCAACGUUCAGAAAACUCCCGGUGGUCUAAUUUUCCGCCAGAGAUGGAACAAUAUGCAGUUUGUGACCAGUGCUUCAUUCUUGACCACUGUCUACUCCGACUAUCUUGCUUCUGCUGGAAGGAACUUGAAUUGUGCUGCUGGCAAUGUGGCACCAACCCAGCUUCUAGCUUUCGCAAAAUCUCAGGUGGAUUACAUUCUUGGAGACAACCCAAGAGCUACAAGUUACAUGGUUGGUUAUGGAAACAACUAUCCACGACAGGUUCACCACAGGGGUUCUUCAAUUGUUUCCUAUAAGGUUGACCCGACAUUUGUUACCUGCCGUGGAGGUUAUGCUACGUGGUUUAGCAGGAAAGGAAGUGAUCCCAAUCUCCUCACUGGUGCCAUUGUUGGUGGUCCUGAUGCCUACGACAACUUUGCUGAUGAAAGAGACAAUUAUGAGCAAACAGAACCUGCUACCUACAACAAUGCCCCUCUUCUUGGUUUAUUGGCUAGGCUAAGUGGUGGUCAUGGAGGGUAUAACCAGCUCCUUCCAGUGGUGGUUCCAGCUCCUAUUGAAAAGAAACCAGCACCACAAACCAAAAUAACUCCAGCACCAGCUUCAACUUCUGCUCCUGUUGCCAUUGUACAAAAGACGACAGCAACAUGGAUUGCCAAGGGAAAAACGUACUACAGGUAUUCUACUAUUGUGACCAACAAAUCUGCUAAAGAACUAAAGGAUAUCAAGCUUUCAAUAUCAAAGCUUUAUGGUCCUCUGUGGGGUCUGACAAAAUCCGGAAAUUUUUAUGCUUUUCCAUCAUGGAUCACCUCUUUAGCAGCGGGAAAAAGUCUUGAGUUUGUCUACGUUCAUUCUGCCUCCGCUGCAGAUGUCUCUGUUUCAAGCUACACUUUGGCCUGAAAAAAGAAGGAAUUCAAUUACAGAAAGAGAGAGGUUUCAUAGUUUCUGGGUUUGUAAUGUAAGAAUUGUGCAGUUAUACAAAAUAUGCAGUCCAGAAAAGGUCUUUUUUUUUUCCUUUUGGGGAUUUUCAACUUGGCGAUUCAGUAUCUGAUUAGGGUUUCAGUCAUAUCAGGUCAAAUAAGGUCGAAGGUUGGAGGAUGAAAGGAGUGAAGAGACAAACUAUAAAGUAGUGCUCAUCCUCUCUCUCCUCCAUCCACAUCAAUAGUUAUAUAGAUUGAGAGACAAUUACAGAAUGAGAGUUGGGAAGUCAAAAAGGUGACUUCUCAAUAGAGAAGCGCUUUCUUUCUUUGCACUUCAAGUAGCUUUGAAUGUCAUUUUUUUUUUGGAUGGUGAUGUAAGCUUCGCAGCACUUGAAUUUCUCGUAUGAAUAUAUUUUCUUGGUUUGACAUUAAA